AUGAUUUCCAGCCCUUCUACACCACACACCACGCACUCCUCCACUCCUCCAGCUGCUGCGCCAGCGACCCCCCGGCACAGCCAAGAAACCUCCCCCGUUGGGCCUAUAGUCGCACGCACGCGCCGCAGGCAGCCCUCCCUCCCGCUCGCGACUCCCACUGGAUUAGCCCUCAGCACGCUCGAGAUGACUAUCAUACGCCUACGCACGGCCUACACUAGCGUGCCGCCCUACUCGGAGACGCAAGCACGCUUCUGGCUUAAGUACAUGGGGCUCGGUUCCCCUGGCCGAUCCAGCUUAGCCAAGGCAGUUUCCCGGGAAGAGUGGGAGCCGAAUAUCUUCGGGGUACUGGUCGCGCAGGGUGCGUAUGAUGUGUAUGCGUGGGCAGCAAAGUACUCGGCGCAGCUGUGGGAGGCGAGUGCGGCGAGGAGGGAGGUUGCUGAGCCGGAUGUGGAUGGCGUGUGGAAGAGUGAGGUGAUGUGA